CACACACACACACACUCUCACACACACACACUCUCACACACACACACACACACACACACACACAGUGAGCGGAGCUGUGAUCCUGAACCUCACCUGAGCUCCGUCCGUCUUCAGGUCUGCAGCAGGAGCAUGAGGAAGGGGGGGGGUCAGAUGGAGGACAGCACCACCCUCAUCGACAUGGAAACCAAGCAGGAGAACAGCUAUGGCAGCAUCACCAUGAGUGCACCUGUUCAGCCUCCAGACCGGAAUGUGUUCAGCGACAGAUCGACUCGAGUCGAUUUCGUGUUGGUGUGGGAGGAGCCUCGGGGCUCCCAGAAUGAGCAGAGUGUAGGUGUUAAUCCCGCCCACCUGAAGUGGAGGGAGGAGUUUCUGAGCAAACUGAAGCUCUGUGGGCUGCUGCAGGAACAGAAGAUAGUCCUUCAGACAAAGAUAAGGAUUUGUUUCGUCCUCCUCAGCGCUCCAUGGAGCGUCCUCUCUUAUUACGCCGAGGAGAUCAGUCUGAGAGUCCCUCUGCAGGUGGUCAACUCCCCAAACAUUUCCUGGUCUGAGCAGGUUCUGUCCUGGUCGUCCCUCCCCAACCCUCUUUCCCAGGAUGUCCCCAACCCCCCACUGUGCUACUACACCUGUCAGUUCAGGACCAACAAGCUGCCGAGGUUUCUGGGAAGCGACCACAAAGAGACGUUUUUCAAGACGACUCAGAGACACCAGGUGCUUUAUGAGAUUCUGGCCCGGACUCCGUACGGUUCCGUGAACAAGGGGCAGGUGGGAAUCGACCGUCUGCUGAGCGAGCAGGUCUUCACGGCUGCGUACCCGCUGCACGAGGGUGGUUUUCAGCUGCCGACCCCCCCGGUGCCUCCCCAGUCUUACAGCCUCAGACAGAUUCUGUACUCGCACUGGGCCCGGUGGUCCUGCUGGAGGCGCUAUCAACCUCUGGACCACAUCAGGGAGUACUUCGGAGAGAAGAUCGCACUGUACUUCGCCUGGCUCGGUUUCUACACUGCUUGGCUGUUACCGGCAUCUCUUCUGGGGACCCUGAUCUUCAUGGUUGGGAUUUGCCUCAUGGUCACUGAUGUUCCAGCGAAGGAGGUGUGUGACAGUGGAGACGGCUUCGUCAUGUGUCCGACUUGUAACAUCUGCUCCUUCUGGAACUACUCCAGCAUCUGUGUCACCUACAAGGCAGGUAUCCUGUUUGAUAACGGAGGGACGGUGUUUCUCAGCGUCUUCAUGUCUCUGUGGGCCGUCACCUUCCUGGAGUACUGGAAGAGAAACUGUUCGGCUCUGUCUCAUCGCUGGAACUGCUCCGACUUCGAGGAAAUUGAGGAGCGACCUCGUCCAGAGUUCACCGCCAUGGCACCAAUGACCAUGAGGAACCCGGUGACGGGCGCAGAGGAACCUUAUUUUCCUGAAAACCAACGAUUCAACAGAACGUUGAGCGGCUGCAUGGUCAUCAUCAUCAUGAUUGUUUUGGUGUUGAUGUGUCUCAUCGCCAUCAUUUUGUACCGCACCAUCCUCAGCAUCGUCAUCUACAAGUCCAGCAACAGCUUCUUCAGCUUAUCUGCUGGGAGAAUAGCCAGUAUUACAUCGUCAGUGUUGAACCUGUUGGUCAUCCUCAUGUUGUCCAGGGUUUACACGGCUCUGGCCCACAUCCUCACCCGCUGGGAAAUGCAUCGCACUCAGAGUAAAUACGAAGACAUGUUCAUCCUCAAAGUUUUCAUCUUCCAGUUUGUCAACUUCUACUCGUCUCCGGUUUACAUCGCCUUCUUCAAAGGCAGGUUUGUUGGUUACCCUGGAAACUACAACACUCUGUUUGGAGUUCGCAAUGAAGAUUGUGGAGCAGGAGGGUGUCUGGUUGAACUGACUCAAGAGUUGCUGGUCAUCAUGGUCGGAAAACAGCUGAUCAAUAACAUCCAGGAGUUCAUCGUCCCGAAGUUAAAGUCCUGGUGGCAGAAGAGGAGGAUGAGUCCAGUGCAGAGGGAGGUGAAGGAAGAUGGAGGAGAGGAGGCUCAGUGGGAACAGCACCAGCAGGGGGAGCUCCCUCCCUGGGAGGCCGACUACCAGCUCUUGGUGUGUGAUGGUCUCCUCAGCGAGUACCUGGAGAUGGUGAUUCAGUUUGGUUUCAUCACCAUCUUUGUGGCGGCAUGUCCUCUCGCUCCUUUCUUCGCUCUCAUUAAUAACUGGGUGGAGAUUCGAUUGGAUGCUCAGAAGUUUGUUACUGAAUAUCGCCGCCCUGUGGUGGAGCAAGCUCAGGACAUCGGCAUCUGGUUACCCAUCAUGCAGUUCAUCACACACACAGCUGUCCUCAGCAACGCGUUCCUCAUAGCGUUCACUUCGUCCUUCCUGCCUCGUCUGUACUAUCGCUACACCAGAGACAGCACACUGAGCGGCUUCAUCAACUUCACACUGGCAACAUCCCACAACUACACCCAGCAAGACAAGAACACAUCCUGCAGGUAUCAGGGUUUCAGGGAUGAAAAUGGUCAAUACCUGCCACAUUUCUUUCACCUCCUCGCCAUACAACUGGCUUUCGUUAUCAUCUUUGAGCAUGUGGUCUUCUUCAUUGGUCGUCUGAUCGACUUGAUGGUCCCUGACAUCCCUGAGGAGGUGGAGAUGAAGAUUAAGAGGGAGCACUACAUGGCUAAAGGGGCACUGGCUGAGAACCGGACUGUGAGGGACACCAUUUUUCCUGGUGAACAAGACCCUCUGUCCCGCAGUCUGAGACAGCGUGGAUCUAGACCCUCGCAACCAACACAGAAUGAGUUCCCACCACCGAACUUGAAGAAGAUCCCAGAGGAAACGGACUCACGAGGCAGUUGCUAAGAUGAAGCAGUGGACUCUGUCCUGGAUGUCUUCCUAUUACCUCACCAUCCACUUUGAAAUGACUGAGCUUCUCCUUCUGAUUGACCUUCCUGACAAAACCUCUGUGAGACUUCCACAAGUUCAACAAGAACCGUGUUAAAUCCUCAAAGGUCCUUCAAGAACUUUGCAGGACCUACAAGAUAGAGAAGAUGUAGAGCUACAAGACCAUUAUUGGAUCUACAACAACAAAAACACUUCUGCUAGAUUUAUUGGACCUCUGCUCGACUUUAACAAGACCAGCAAGACUCCUAAUUGUCUACUAGAUCUACAUGUGUUGAAAUGAACCUCUACAUAUCCUACGAGAGAAAGGGCCAAUAGGACCUAAAUGUAUGUGACAGCUGCACUAGAGCUACAUGAUGUCAGCUAAACUUGAAGGAGAUCUCCAUAUCACAUCUGCAAGACCUCUGCUCGACAUCGACAAGAACUACAAGAGGAUCAGUCAUUGCCCUUUAAGAACUCCAUAAGAGGCUGACACAAGAUGUUUCCAAGUUCUCUGCAAGACCUUCAACACAUUUGUUAGAGCAUCACACAAUCUAAGAGUCCUCUGUUAUAUCUGUACAAAUUCUACAGGAUCUCUCAUAGAUUACUCCAAGAACUACUCUGCAGGAGCAAAAACUCUGUCCUUUCAGAGAGUACCUCCCUGUUAUAAUGCUCACAAGUGCAUUUAAAAACUUCCCUUCCCUUUUGAAAAUGUUUUUCUUUCUCAUUUUACUGUUCCAGAUCUCACUUCUUUGUUGUGUCAGAGAGGGAUUCUGUGUCUUGGCUACAAAAUCGAAUAUUCUUUUCAAUAAAGCAUUAUUUUGCUCUUUUUUUUACCCAGAACAUGUUGUUUGAGAACCCUAACCCUAGUGUAUGAAGUAGUUAUUAAUGAUAUUUUGAGCAACUUAUUCUUAUUAUCUUUUGUCUCCACUUGAUGAUCCUGCUGAUAUGACAGACUUGGAUCACAUCGUACACUACGUUCCUCUCCGUGGAAGAUAUAACCAAACUGUAGUCUGGCUAUAACUUGUCUAUGAAAAGUCUCUUACAUGGAAGUUAUGAUCAAGUCAGUGUAUGCACAUAACCUUUGUAUGUUUCACAUUCACCAUCUUUACUGCUAUCUCCUCCUACUGUUUUUAAUGUAUUGCAUGGUUUCAAUGCUGUUUUACUAUAAAUUUAUAUUCAAUAGUAUUCUGCCAUUGUUAUUUAGUGUUUUCUUUCUUUUUGAAAUGCCUGUGUGGUCUUUUCUCAGCAAGUACUGAAUAAAAUGUGUCAUGUUAUUCAUAAUUUAUAAUCUGAAUCACUUUUAUACAACAAUUUAGACUAAACUUUAGAAAACAAUUUUGGGGGCUUUUAGAUGUUGUAUGCUAAACAUAUUGUAACUAAAAAAUAUAUUUUACUGCAAAUGUCCAUGAAGGUGCACCAUGAGUCAGAGCAGCUGGAGAUAAUGCACCAAUGGAUUCAAUUUUACUAAAUGCUAUGUAUUCAAAUGUGUG